AAAUUUGGAAGUUUGGGUCCCGUGAAGGGAAGUCGGCCUGUUAGAAGCUUACCCGUGGUUGCAAAUCGCUGUUCUCUGUGUUCUUUCCUCAGCACUCAGCCACCUGUGGAAGAUCCUGACCAAAGUGAAAAAAAAAAGAAAAAAACAGAUUUUUCUGAAUGUAAAAAGAAAGUUGAAGAAGUUUCUGCUGUGGUGAAAUUGCCAGCCAAGGCAGCAAGUGAACGCCAGAAGGCUUCAGUCAGCAAUGCCGCUCCAAUCGCAGAGACUACAGAAGAGACUCAGUCCACUUCUUCUGACCCUUCAUCUAGAAGACCAACAGGUUCUACGCUAGAAGAAGAAAUGCUAGAAAUUGAUACAAUGCCUUGUGGAACCAAUACUUGCUUGAAUAAGGAAACACUAUCCCAUUCUCACAAGGCAAUUCCUUGUCUGAGCCAGUUGAAGACAGCAGGUCUGAGAGUCAUAUACAUCUCGUGUCUGUCUCCAUCAUCAUCAGGGCACACGCUUUACAAAAUAGUUGACAGCAUCUUAACACCAAGGCCACCCAUUAAGGAGCACGCUCUGCCAGAAUCCACCACUUCCGAAGUCAGCAAAAUAGGGAGGCUUUUCUGUACUGCUGAAGAGGGUGUUCAGCAAGGAGAAAAGGAGAAAUACAAGCAGCUCUUGGAACUGGUAAAGGGAAAAUAUCCUAGAAGCCGCUCUAAUCCGCAGCCGACAAGCUUCUGCAAUGUUCAAGCCUCUGCCAAGGAACCAGUGAUGACUGUGAGUCACCUGGAAGAACAAAAAUAUGGAGAUGCCUUUCCGUGUAUGGCACUAAGGACCAGUAUCAAAUGUGUAGAUGUUUGCAGCCCACAGCAGUCUCAGAGAAGUGAUGCGAUCAGGUGCUACACACCAACAGAAAACUCUCAUGAACAGGGAAGACCAGUGAAACAAGCCAUUGUGGGGAGACCAUAUGGAGCUGAAGUCUCGAAAGAGAUGUUAAUCCAAUUACAUCUGGGACCUCUUCUUUCCGGAAAGUCAUCUGCCACUGAUGAGGAAGUAAAGAAAUUCCCAAGCUCAGAAAAACCAGUAGAAUACUUUGCUCCGCUCACAGAGGCCAUGGAGAGAGAGGUCACUGCUGCGUUUGGCGAAGGUGAGCCAGACGAGAUCAUGAGCAGUGCCUUCAAACUCAAGGUCACUCGUGAGGACAUCCAAACGCUAAUGAACCUUUGCUGGCUAAAUGAUGAGGUCAUUAAUUUCUACAUGGCUCUUCUGGUGGAAAGAAAUAAGAAGGAGGGAUAUCCAGCAGUCUAUGCUUUUAGUACUUUCUUUUAUCCCAAACUCGUUUCUGGGGGCUACAAAGCAGUAAGAAGAUGGACCAGAGGCGUAGAUCUCUUCAAGCAGGACCUCAUCUUAGUGCCCAUUCACUUGAGAGUCCACUGGGCACUAGUGGUCAUAGAUGUCACAAAGAAGACUAUCAAAUACUUUGACUCAAUGGGACAAAAAGGCAACAAGAUUUGUGAAAUUUUGUUCCAAUAUCUGCAAGAAGAAAGCCGGGAAAAAAGAAAUCUGGAGCUGACUUUUUUGGAGUGGACUCUUCGCAGCAUGGAGCCACAUGAAAUCCCUCAGCAACUGAAUGGAAGUGACUGCGGGGUUUUCAUGUGCAAAUACGCAGAUUGUAUCUCCAGGGACAAACCGAUAACCUUUACACAGAAUCACAUGCCUUACUUCCGCAGGAAGAUGGUGUGGGAAAUAAUCCAUCAGCAGCUGCUGUGA